CAGAUCCCCAAUAGAACUGCCAAGUGCCCACACGCUUCUCUGAUUUUGGCGCCAAUUAUCGGCCUUUGGGUCCGUCUUUCCAUUUCCAAUUUCUCCCACCGAAACCCUAAUUUCACUCCCCAGUCCUAAAUCACUCAUCAUCUAUGGCUUCCCGAUCCUCAUGAAGUGACUCAGAUCGUCCCCAACAAUGGCGGAACCUCUCGCGAAGCGCCCCAAGAUCAUAAGGGGGGAAGAUGAUUAUAUGCCUGGAAACAUAACUGAGAUAGAGCUCCACAACUUUAUGACUUUCAAUCACUUAAAAUGCAAACCAGGAUCUCGUCUGAACCUUGUAAUCGGGCCAAAUGGAUCUGGAAAGAGCUCUCUUGUGUGUGCCAUAGCACUUGGACUUGGUGGUGAGCCUCAGCUUCUUGGAAGGGCAACAAGUAUUGGCGCAUAUGUGAAGCGUGGGGAGGAAUCUGGCUAUAUAAAAAUUACCUUGAGAGGGGCCACUAAAGAAGAGAAGAUUACCAUUAUGCGUAAGAUUGAUACUCAUAACAAGUCUGAGUGGUUGUUCAAUGGCAAAGCGGUGCCGAAGAAAGAGAUUGCUGAGAUCACUAAAAGUUUCAACAUCCAAGUUGGCAAUUUGACUCAAUUUCUGCCACAAGACAGGGUCUGUGAAUUUGCGAAAUUAACUCCUGUGCAACUUUUAGAAGAGACUGAAAAGGCUGUUGGUGAUCCGCAACUUUCAAUAAGUCAUCGUGCCCUUGUUGAAAUUAGCAAAGAACUGAAAAAUUUAGAGCGGGCUGUAGAGACAAAUGAAAAAACUUUGGAUCAGCAUAAGGCACAUAUUGCCGUACAACAGAGAGAGGUUGAGCGAGUUCGUCAAAGAGAAGAACUUGGAGAAAAGGCUAAGACCAUGGAAAAGAAAUUGCCAUGGCUAAAGUAUGACAUGAAAAAGGCCGAAUACAUGGAAGCCAAGGAGAAGGAGAAAGAUGCAAAGAGCAAGUUCGACGAAGCUGCACAAAUACUUAAUGAUCUUAAAGAACCGAUUGGGCGACAAAAGCAAGAGAAAGCUAAACUGGAUGCCAAAGUUAAAGAAGUACAGAAGCGCAUUAAUGACAAUGCCCGUAAACGUACUGACGUUAUGGAGAAGGCAGAACAUUUGGGGGUGUUAGUUCAAGGAAAAUACAAAGAAAUGGAAGACUUGAACAGACAAGAAGAAUCUCGGAAAAUAAGAAUCUCAAAAGCCAAAGAAGAUCUUGCUGCUGCUGUUCUAGAUCUUGAAAAUCUGCCUCCCUAUGAACCUCCUAAGAGUGAAAUGGAAAGAUUACGUAAUGAAAUUCUGGAGCAAGAAGUUUCUGUCCGUCGAAAUAGGGAUCUAAAAUCAGAGAAGGAAAAUGACUUAGUGCAGAAAAAGGUGGCACUAAGACAGUGCACGGACAGGUUGAGGGACAUGGAGAGUAGAAAUACUAAACUUUUGCAAGCACUUAAAAGUUCUGGAGCUACGAGAAUAUUUGAAGCUUAUAACUGGGUGCAAGCACAUCGCGACGAGUUUAAUAAGGAGGUAUAUGGCCCUGUGUUGCUAGAGGUUAAUGUAACAGACAGGCUUCACGCAAACUAUUUAGAAGGUCACGUCCCUUAUUACAUCUGGAAGUCUUUCAUAACUCAAGAUCCUCGUGAUAGGGAUCUUUUAGUCAGAAAUUUCAAAGCGUUGAAUUUUGACGUUCCAGUAUUGAAUUACUUUGGAAGUGAAGACUCUUAUAGAGCGCCAUAUCAAAUUUCUCAGCAGAUGAGAGAACUUGGGAUUUCUUCACGGCUUGAUCAAGUUUUUGAUGCUUCUUUUGCUGUCAAGGAGGUUUUGACUGGCCAAUGCGGUUUGGAAAGAUCGUAUAUCGGGUCAAAGGAAACUGAUCUCAAGGCCGAUCAGGUCUUAAAGUUGGGAAUCUUUGAUUGUUGGACACCAGAGAAUCAUUAUCGAUGGUCUAAAUCUAGAUACGGGGGUCAUGUUUCUGGAUCAGUAGAAGUGGUGAAACAGUCCCGACUUCUGUUAUCUGGUUCUGAUGUUGGUGAAAUAGAGAGGCUCAGAUCCAGGAUAGCGGAUCUAGAACAAUCUAUUAGUUCUCUAGAGGAAAAUGUUAAAUCGCUUCAGAUUGAGCAAAGACACAUAGAGGAUAAAUCAGCUGAACUUCGAAAACAACAGGAGGAGAUCACUGAAGUUUCACGGCGUGAGAAGCAUAAGCGGCGUGAAAAGGAAAACCGUAUUAAUCAAAUGAAAAGGAAAUUAGAAGCACUGGAGAAGGAGGAUGACCUGGAUACUACUUUGGCAAAGCUGAUUGACCAAGCUGAAGAAUUUAACAUUCAGCGCUUCCACUGCUCAAUGGAAUUUAAGAAACUACUUGUUGAGGCUGUUUUACUAAAACAGAAUCUUGCUGAAAGACAAAUGGCCUCGUUUGAAUUUGAAGCAAAGAUUAGAGAAUUGGAGCUCCGACUAAAGGAACAUGAAAAAUCUGCUCUUCAAGCAACAAUGCAUUUUGAGAACUGCAAGAAUGUGGUUCAAAAUUAUCGGGAGCAACUUCAAAAUGCCAAGAGGCUUGCAGAAUCAAUUGCUGUAAUUACUCCAGAACUUGAAAAGGAAUUUCUUGAGAUGCCAAGUACUAUUGAAGAAUUGGAGGCUGCUAUUCAAGAUUGUAGAUCUCAAGCUGAUUCUAUUCUUUGUUUGAAUCGCAAUGUAAUAGAAGAAUACGAAUACCGCCUGCGCCAGAUUGAAGCCAUUUCAACAAAACUGGAAGCAGACAGAGAGAAGCUAAGGAGGCAUAAAGCUGAAAUAGAUGAACUGAAGGAAAGUUGGCUUGUGACAUUGAGAAGACUUGUUGCUAAGAUAAAUGACACCUUCAGUCGUAACUUCCAAGAGAUGGCUGUUGCCGGAGAAGUUUCUUUAGAUGAGCAUGAGUUGGAUUUUAAUCAGUUUGGUAUACUGAUAAAAGUAAAGUUCAGAGAAGAAGGAGAGCUUCAAGUUCUUAGCGCUCACCAUCAAUCCGGAGGGGAGCGUUCCGUUUCAACUAUCCUUUAUCUUGUAUCUCUUCAAGACCUUACGCAUUGCCCUUUUAGAGUGGUUGAUGAGAUAAAUCAAGGGAUGGAUCCUAUAAACGAGAGAAAGAUGUUCCAGCAAUUAGUUAGGGCUGCAAGCCAGCCAAAUACACCACAGUGUUUCCUACUUACUCCAAAGUUGCUUCCGGAUCUCGAAUACAGUGAGGCGUGCAGCAUUUUGAAUAUAGUGAAUGGUCCUUGGAUUGGUCAGCCUUCUAAAGUUUGGAGUGGAGGAGAUUGCUGGAGAAGUGUGGCAGGCUUAGUAGGAGAAACAAGAUCAUGAUGUGUACAACAACUUCGUAAAAAUGUAAACAAACAGGAAAAUUAUCCAGUACAGAUUCUGUGGUGUGCGAGUGGACGUUAUUUUAUCCUAACUUUAAUGUUUUGUACAAAGUAUUUGCUUAGAUCAAAUAUUCUCCUUUUGAUUUUCAAGGAAAAAAUGUGUAUAUUAACCUUUUUGUGAAGAUUACAUUAUUGAUUAGG